CGCAGUAGGGUUUGCCACUCUCUCUCUCUCUCCCUCUCUCUACAAUUGGCCAUGACGAAGUUUAGGAAGCUAAAUCGUCCCACCGGUCAUCGUAUGUCUAUGCUGAGGACAAUGGUAUCGCAGCUGGUGAAACACGAGCGCAUUGAGACCACUGUUGCGAAGGCGAAAGAAGUCCGUCGUCUCGCUGAUAACAUGGUACAGCUUGGAAAAGAGGGUACUCUAUGUGCUGCAAGGCGUGCUGCUGCCUUUGUGCGAGGGGAUGAUGUCAUUCACAAGCUAUUUACAGAACUUGCCUAUCGAUACAAAGAUAGAACGGGUGGGUAUACGAGACUGCUCCGAACACGAAUAAGAGUUGGUGAUGCUGCACCAAUGGCCUACAUUGAGUUUAUAGAUAGAGAGAAUGAGCUUAGACAGUCGAAACCACCGACCCCCCAACCACCGCAGAGACCACAUUUGGAUCCCUGGACAAGAUCAAGGCUGAGCAGGCAGUUUGCACCGGCCAAAGAGGAAAAAAGUGUGGAGUCUGAAAUUUGAAAUGUGGUGUUGCUGAAUUCUGCACGGAAGAUUUUUGUUUUUGUUUUUGUUUUUUCUUAGCAUGUCGUCACAAUCCUCAAAUCUGAGGCCUUCAAACCUGAAUUGAAAUGCUACUGGGAUUGAAACAGAAAAACCUUGGAAGGAAAGAAAAUAAUAUUUAUUCAACUAUUUCAAUUGUCUGGUGCUUUAGUUUCUAAAUGACAGCACCAUAACUUCUUGUUGCUGUCAGGAAUUUCAAGAGCUAAACAUUGUAUUUUAUAUUCAAAGAUCGAAAUUUUGUACAA